AUCUCCGCAAGAGGCCAUUGCCAGCAGCUCUGACGUGGCGGUCGACGUGACCAGAUCAAUCGGCCUCUUGCCCGGCUCGCACGCUGCCGAAUCUCGUUUCAUCUCCAUGAUGGUGGUAGCCGUUGGCAAUUCUCGAAGAUAAAUGUCAUGGACGCGCAGAAUGCUGCCGAGUCCGACACGCCCAAGCAUGCUGGCGCUUCCCCUCAGCAGCAAAACAAACACGAGCGCCCGCGACGAGGCUCUGGCUCCGACUCGGAUCCGAAACCGCGUUCGUCUUUGAGGGCCUCGUCGCCCUCCAGGGAGCCCAAGCUGAAGACGAGGGAGUCAUCGUCGCUGUCGUCGUCGACGGCCGCUCGAAUCGACGACGUUGCUGGUGCCGACCGCGACUCAGACGCCGAGACGAUUGUUCUGCCUGGCAAGGAUGGCCAUUCGCCCUCCAAGGUUCGAAAGGUGAGGCAGGAGGACAGGAGCGAGAGUGACGCCGACUCGGCCAGAGGCAACGGCCAGCCGGCUGCCAGUAACCAGGGCGACAAGAAUGCAGCUGGCAACCGGCCCGUCGAGGGUGUCAAGAAACGGCUGCCGGGCCCUGUCGACAAGGACCGCCAACCUCGCAGCAAGGACGGCGCUUCGAGCGGCUUGAGUUCUGCCCCGACAUCGCCUCCCCACAAUCACAGCCAGCUCCGUCAACAGCUCCCGCUUCCAUCUCACCGCCGUCGGCGAUCUGACGCUGUCGCUGCCGCAUCACCGUCAGACUCUGAGGGCACCCACGCCAAGCCAGUCUCCUCGUCCCUGCGUGACAAGCUAAAGUCUGGAGAGCGUCUGCUGCCGCACAAGCGAAAGGCUCCCAAGGCCGAGUCCGACGACGAAGCUGACCAGCGAAAGGCUCGCCGCCAGCGAACCACGAGCGUCACCCUCGACACCGGGCGGACGCUCAAGGAGACCAAGCCGGCCUCGAAGCAGUCCCAUCAUGACCCGAGGACUCGGACUCGUUCCAUCUCUCCACACCCCCGACAGCAUCGUAGAAGCGUAUCGACACAGCUACCCGCCCAUCAUCUUUCUAGCAGCCUUAAAAAGAAGCGUUUACCUCCCCCGCUGCAUUCAGCAGACUACCACUCCGACGAAUCCUCGGCCAGUGGGAGCCCUCAUCCUCGGAGCGCCAAGCUGCGAGGCCUUGCUACUCCCACGGUGCCCGAGUCUCAUGCCUCGCCCGUGAAAAUGGCACCUCACAAGAAACACCUGGAUGCACACGGUCAGACUUUACUUGCCAGGGCCUGCGCACGUGGCGAAUACGACAGUGCAAAGAGGAGGCUCAGUGACCGACCUGAAGACCUGAAUGUAGCUGAUUAUGCCGGCAACACGCCUCUGCAAAUCGCAGCCAUUAAUGGUUGCGAAGAUAUCGUCAAGCUUCUCAUUGACGCUGGCUGCAAUUUGGAUUGUGUCAACUACGAUAAGGACACACCUUUGCUGGAUGCGGUCGAUAAUGGCCACGUUGCAGUUGUAAAGCUACUUUUGGACGCUGGCGUCAAUCCACGAAAGGCUAAUGUGAAUGGGGAGGAACCUAUUGAUAGAGUUACGGACGAUACUGAACAUGGUGACGAAAUCCGCGCAUUACUUCUCGCGGCCAAAAAGCGACAGGGCGAAAGGCGCCGCACUUCUGAAGACCGUCAUUCUCACGACUACCACGACGCAAGAGACUCCCACGCUCCCGACAGCCCUCGCCGCUCUCCAGCUACAACAAUGCCAACAAAUCGAAGAUCAGGGACCGUUCGGUCCACCAAGACGAGGAACGACCUGCUCUACAUGCCUUUGGACGACAAAACCCUCCGGCAGGCCGCUGGCCGUGGUGACGAAGAAACUGUGGCACGUAUUUUACAGGUCAAGGAAAACUGCGACGACCCCGAAUCCAUGGUGGCUGCCGCGAGAGGAGGCCAUGAUCUGGUAAUCCAGCUACUACUGGGCCUGGGUAGUGCCAAUGCAGACCCUGCCCCGGUGAAAACGUUACAAGCAGAAUUUGCAACUCCAAUGCUCGCAGCUAUCGGCCAAGAAAACAUCAAGGUCGUCGAAUUACUUUUAGAACAGCAGGAAUUUGACCCCACGCGAAAAUACAAAGGGGAGACGUAUUAUGAGAUUGCCCGCCGUCGGCAAGGAUCGAAUUGGAAGGAAGAAGAACACAUGUUGAAAAACGCGUACGACGAAUAUAGGCGGACGCAUAAGGACUCAGCCAGGGCAAAAUCGCCCUCGCGGAGAGACAGGGAAAGAGAGCGGGAGGAAAAGCGGGCUAAAAGAGAGGACGCCAAAGAAGACUCGAGACCGCCGAAACGAAGCGCUGCUAGUCCCUCUCGAGAGCCGAAGAAGCCCUCAGCCCCCAAGUCGGAUGCCCCAAGGGAGAAGCGAAGGUCGGAUUCUUUUACCGGCCAUGGCGGCGACGAUAACUCUGCAAAGAGAGGGCCUGGACGGCCACGGAAAGAAGACAACAAGGCCUCAAACGCUUCGGAUCGCGAGGCGUCCCCUGCGCCACCUACUCACAAAGUGCCCAAACCGAAGCGCACCGAGUCAGAUGCCACCGGUGUCUCGUCUGAAGGAGAGGCUGUUAAGCCGAGAAGGAAGCUGAUAUCCAAAGGCGAAUUGCGAGACGAGCGGGAAAGGCAAAAACGUGGCAGCUUGGCGUCUAUCGGUUCAUCUGGGGCCAAGGAACCGUCCAGCCCUAGCGAGCCAAGACAUGAAGAAAGUGUAGACAAGCCCAAGCUAUCCGAGAAAUAUCAUGACCGAACAAAGGCCCUGAAACGCGAUGAGUCGAGAGAUCGCCUCUCGGUAUCGGGAGAUGGUGUCUCAAAACGACACCGAAAUAGUAUUACCCCAGAUCGGCCGAGCGACAUUGACAAGGACGAAGGGCCGGUAAAGCGCCGGCGACUGGAGGCCAAACCCCGCAAAGGUAGUAUAUCUCGGGAUAAUUCUUCCAAAUCUUCGGCUCUCCUGCCCAGAAAACAUCGCGAGGACGACCCACCAAAGAGCAAUCACGAUGAGCGGGAACCCAAGCGAAAAGACUCUGUCCGAAAUACAUCUGGCGAGAAGUCGAUACGAGUCAAGCAAGAAGAUGACGAUGUCGAAAUGCCAGAUGCGGACAAUGUCAAGGAACAGGCAGCACCUCGUGAUCGAAGGAAUCGAGAAAACGAGGAAGAACAAGCUAAGAAGAAGGAGGCUGCUGAGAAAGAGGACGCUCUCAAAGAAGAGGAACGACGGCGUGCCAAAAUUGAGGAGAGGAAGAAGCGAGAGGCAGAAGAGGCUCGUCAACGAGAAGAAGAGAGCAAGAAGCGAAAGGAGCAGGAAGAGAGAGAUCGGAAGAAACGAGAAGAAGACGAGGCGCGCAACAAACUUCGUGAGAAGGCUGAGCGUGAACGGCGCGAGGCUGAGGAGGCUGCGGCCCGUCGGCGUGAGGAUGAGGCUCGCCGCUUAGAGGAAGAAAGGAAGAAGCUGGAACAGGAGGAGAAGAAGAGGAGAGAAGAGGAGAGAAAGAGGAAGGAAGAGGAGAAGAGGAGAGAAGAGGAAAAGAAGAAGAGGGAGGAAGAGGAAGAACAGAGGCUGCGGGAGGAAGAGGAACGGCUUCACAAAGAACAAGAACGCAAGGCUGCCGAAGAGGCCCGACAACAACGUGAACAAGAAGAACGCAGGGAGCGCGAACGUCAAGAACGUGCCCAGCGGGAAGAAAUGGAGCGGAAACGAGCCGCCAAAGAAGCAGAACAGCGACGCCUUCGUGAAGAACAAGAACGGCGCGAGGAACAGGAACGCCUUCGAGAGGAGCAAGAGCGAGCUCGAGUAGAGAAGCUGCCCCCAUUGCUGCGAUGGCUCUGUACAGCGUCAAAUCCCAAGACCGCGGCCGUUGCCGAAAAAUUCAAGUACAUGCGCGCCCCCCGGUUUGACACGAUCCGCCCAGAGACGAACAAUACCGCCGAGGGUCGUGAGCAAUGGAUUCUCAACACCCACAUCGCUUUGCUGUUGGGAGAGAAGGAUCUGAGUCUCUCUAAAUAUGCUUCCUGGACCCGCGUACCGACUUCUCGACUUGCCAAAGUCAGCCUUUGGAGGACAGAGUGGGUGCGAUACACGCUCUUCUCCGAGAAGCUGUGGGAGCUUGGCGAACAGCUUCCUGGAUGCUAUGGCGACGAGGCACCGCAGAGCUUGAGUUACGACAACAAGGACAGGCUCAAGCAAGACGCAUGGGAAAAGUUCCAGGCAACGGACAUGUUCUUUGUGAAGGUAUCCGACUUCAUGGAUAUUGUGCCUGGCAUUCCACACCUGCGAGGCAUUAGAUUAGGAGUAGAGUAUUGUGAGCUCAUGGAAAACGAGCAACAAUGGGCAUCAGCUUCGAAAUGGAAGCAAGACCCGGAUGCCGGCCGCUACCACGGCCUCGCCCCACGACAUAAAUACUAUGUCGACGGAGUCAUGGUCGGAGAAGAACUGCCAACUCUUUCUCAAACGAGCCGAACUCCAUUUCCGGAGACGCGAGUUCCCCGACGAGGCCUGACUCGGGCGUAUCCCGAAGAUACGGACUACAACGCCCUUUGCCUGACUCAAGGCCUAGGGCAUCUCAUCAAGGAUACAACGAGCCCUUCGCCGCUCCCAAACGGCAUUCAUUCCUCACCGAUCAGCCCAACUUCAGCCCCACGGCCCAAGCCGACCAUGAACGGCACGAAUGGACACGCUGCCUCAGAUGAGGUCAAGGAUGAGGCAGCAAUGGAUAGUGGUAUAACUAAUGGUAUUAAUGGAUCGACCAGUUGAUAGCAGAACUGGCCGGGAAGAGAAAGAGAAAUACAUGAAAUCAACUCAUGCUGUACAAUCUUGCGCUAUCCGACACCCUUUGCAUUUGGUUUCCGGUUUCUUGGCUUCCUCCUCCUCCUCCCCUUUUCUAUCUCUUUUUUUGCUUUGGCCUUGUUCAUGUAAAUGUCUAUAGACUUGGACGGUGGUGGAUUGGACGGGAAUGAGGCCGCGCGCUCCC